AUGACUUUGUCAAAAUCAACAAAUAAUUUGGCUUACUCGGUGAAUAAUGCUGGGUCGACGCGUGUGCAGAAACAAAAUACUCGACCGGUUCCGGCCCCUUCAACUCCAAAACUUUUAUCCGCCGAGGGAUCAAAUGAUUCACGAAAUAGAUUAGAUUCAGACUUUAUGUCGGAAUUAUUCUCAGAUA